AUGGAGAAUAUUUUUAUUCGACCACCACCUUCUGAAGAUUUUGUUUAUUAUUCAAUAUACUUCCCUUUUGCCAACUCUGAAGAUAAAAAUCAAGCUAUAAUCUUUCUCAAAGAAACAAGUGCUUUGAUUAUUUCUGAAUUACAUCAAUUUUUGAAUGUUUAUAUUUGGCAAAAAGAUGCUUUUAAUUUGAGAAUUGAUGAAUGGUUUAUAGUUUUUUUAUUAAAACAUACAUCAGCCAAGUUUCCUGAUGCUGUUAUAAGUGUUGCAGAUAAUGAUGGAGAGUUUUUGUUAAUUGAAUCAGCUCAAUAUCUUCCAUCUUGGCUUAAUCCUGAUAAUAGCGAGAACAGGGUCUUUAUAUAUCAAAAUAAUCUUCAUAUAAUUCCUUUGCACCAAACUUCUGCUGCUGAUUCACUACAUAUUCCUACAGGAGAGCUGGCACUUGUAAAGGCAAUACAAAUAAUUCGUAAUGAUUCAAUCAACACUGAAGCAAAUGAUAAAAUUCAACAGUCUGCAUUUAAUCGAAUUUUUGAAUACCCAGAAAAAAUUAAGCAAAAUUUCCAUCAUACUAAAUGUCACAUCCCAAGAAAAAUUGCGCAUCUUUUAUAUUAUAAUCCUCAACUCGUAGCACCAGCUGUUGAAGCAUUUUAUACUCGUGAUCUUGUGUCAUUAAAGGCAUGUCAAGAAAUGGAAAAUUUUCCACCACGAUCAUCAAUGACAGUUAUUGUUAAAUUCACAAAAACAUUAUAUGCUCAAUUAAUAAAUCAAAGAUUUCAUCCACCAAAAAUAUUUAUACAACCACCAAUUAAUUCUGAAAAAUAUAAAGCUUUUGAUUUAGGAAUGAAAUUGGCAUGUGGAUUUGAGAUUUUGUGUAGAAAUAAAAAUCUAUUCUCAAAGGAUAAGGGAUUAAAUAAAUACUCUUUUAAUUCAGAUCCGGAGUGGAUAUUUUUUCAUGACAAAUUAUCUAAAUAUGGAUAUUUUCAUAAUGAAUUACCCGGAUCUAAAUUAUAUACUCAACUUGAAAAUGUUGCAAAAGAACAAUUCCUAAAAAAUAAAGUUGAAAUUAAUGAUGUAGAUGAUGAUCACAUUGGAAAUGAAUUAUUACCAUUAGAACAAAUAGAUGAAAUAUUAAAAAAACCAUUAACAUCAGAUGAUCUAUUACUCAAAAAUAAUAAUACAGAAGAUGAUGAUUCAUGGUUGAAUAUUGAUCCUAAACAAUUGGAUGAACUGCUUGAAUCAAGAAAUGAAGGCCAUCAUGAACAGACACAAAAAAAAGAAAAUGAAAAAAUGCAAGAUAACUCAAUUGAUUUAGACAAGAUGAUUGAUUCAUUUAAAAAAUUUGUUGAUUUUGAUCUAACAGGAAUUGAUGGAGCAGAAUUUUUAGAGUAUUUUUCAAAAUAUAAUUAA